AUGGCGAACCUGUCCAUGAAGAUGAUGAUGAUGCCGCCUCCUUCGAGACUAUGGAAGACCGGACCUGCCGUCCUACAGAAGGUCACCGAGCUCAGACUCCGUCCACCCAGCCGGGACGUACUGCCGAGACCUGCCAGCGGCCGCAGCUUCAUGGAAUUGACUCAAAAGGUUCGAUUCAUGGUGUACCACCACCUUUUGUACUCUGAAGACCCCAUCAUUCGGCCCUGGCCGAGCAAGAAGUUCGCUGUCCAGUUGUUGCGCGUGAACAAAGACAUCUUUGCAGAGGCAGCAUACUGCUUCUAUGGCAUGGGAGAUGAGGGUGAAGAUUUCUUUGACGAUGAUAUGGACGUCAGCAUGAACGAUUCCUGGUAUAUUUACGAAGACGAUGUCGGUGGGCGAGCUUUGCCGAAUACUUUUCAGCCUAUGAUGCGCUUCGAUACCGCACAUCUUGUAUCACCGCCUCAGCCAUACCGAUUCCUCGUCCGCAAGCUUCACCUCUCAUACGAUACGAAAUGGAACGAGAACACCUUGGGCGAUCUCCUCCAAUAUGCCAACCUCGAAGAAGUCUCGAUCGGCUUGGGCACCAUCAAGGAGCACUUCUCUUUCGAGGGUCAAGACUACCACAGCCAGCAGGAUUUCCUGCAGCGCCACUACAAGAACCGCGCUCUCGAGCAGGAUGCGGAUGGCGGCAGCUUGAUCAAGCGGUGCGUCUUAAGAUUCGUCAAGGAAGACCAUAGGGUCGUCAGUAUCUUGGUGAGACAGACAGUCCUGGAACCAGCUCCGGAGUAUGAAGCCUGGUGGCAGGAUCCAGACUUCGUCGAUGAGAUCAUCGGAUACGAGGCCACAGUUGAUGUCGCAUCCAACCUUGAUCUGUUGGCCGACAAUAUGUUUGAUCGUUCUGGCAGAGAGAGCGAGAGGCUCCGCUGA